AGCCAGUAGAGUAAAUACAAUCACUCCUAUGCUUGUAUUUAUAUGCAGUCAUGCAAUUCUCUAGAUAUUCAAUUCACAGAAGAUAAUUCAUCCACCAUGGAAGCUCUAAGAAUUGUCUCCACUGUUGCUCCACCCUCUCUUAUCAGAGCCCAGUUCUCCAAACCCAUUUUCACUCUUUCAUUUACCCAUAAACGUUCCAACUUAACCCCAUUUCCAAAAACCAAACUCAAUAAGUUCAAUGCCAUUUCUCCUACCUUUUCAACCCAACCCGAAGCAAAAACCGACACGGACACGGACACCGAAAACCUUGAUCAUCAAGGUGAGAAAUUUGACUGGUUUUCUCACUGGUAUGCACUUUCUCCCGUGGAUGAUUUGGACAAGAGGGCUCCCCGUGCGAUAAAGGCGAUGGGUCUGGAUGUUGUGGUGUGGUGGGAUAAGAACGAGAAUGAAUGGAAGGUGUUUGAUGAUCGUUGUCCGCAUAGAUUGGCUCCACUUUCUGAAGGGAGGAUUGAUCAAUGGGGUAGGUUGCAGUGUGUGUACCAUGGCUGGUGUUUUGGUGGCUCCGGUGACUGCAAGUUUAUUCCUCAAGCUCCCCGUGAUGGUCCUGCGGUUCAUUCUUCCCCAAAAGCAUGUGUUGGUGUUUAUCCAAGUACCACGCAAAACAGAAUUGUUUGGUUUUGGCCCAGCACCGAUCCAAAAUACAAAGAUAUCCUCGCCAAGAAGAAACCACCAUACAUCCCUGAGCUUGACGAUCCUUCAUAUUUUGACAGAACCGUCAUGUACACCAGAGAUAUGCCAUACGGGUACGAAGUCCUGGUUGAAAAUCUUGUAGACCCUUCUCAUGUUCCAUAUUCUCACGCUGGGAUAAUGCCAAACGCAUCACCGCCUAGUGUUAAGCUUGAUCGAGAAGGGGGUUCACCUAUGGAAAUAAGCAUUCAAAGAAUAGACAAAAAUGGUUUUACUGCAAUCGAGCAUCAAGGUCGUGAAUGGAGCUUUGUUUCUCCUAGUAUAGUUAAAGGUAGUCUCACAAUCAAGGAAAGUCCGAAUAACACAAAGGAAAACUUAGUACAAACGCAACCUCGAAAGGAUCAUCUUAUCUUUUUUUGCACUCCAGUGAGCCCGGGUAAAAGCAGAUUUAUCGGUGUUGGCCCUAGAAACUAUAGACUUUGGAUGGAUCCAUUUAUUUCAAGAUGGAUUAACCAUAUUCUGGUGAAUUUGGUUAUUGAUUCGGAUUUGUGUCUUAUUCGGGCUCAGGAGGAGAAAUUGAUGGAGGUAGGUCAUUCAAAUUGGCAAAAAGCAUGUUUUGUGCCAGCAAAGUCAGAUACUAUUGUGGUGACAUUUAGAAUGUGGCUAAAGAAAUAUGCAGCUGGUCAAAUCAACUGGGGAACCAAAUUUAGUGGAUCUCUUCCACCCAUCCUUUCUAGAGAACAACUAAUGGACAGGUACUGGAGCCAUGUGGUGCAUUGCAGUAGCUGCAGUGGUGCAUAUAAAGGUUUUAAUACGCUCAAGAUCUCUCUUCAGGUGCUUUCAGUUGCUUCGUUGGCUAUAAUGGCUACAAGCAAAUCAAUUGCCGGAAGAAAUACACUUGCAGCUGCUUCAAUUUUGUGCUUUGUGGGAUCAAAAUGGUUGUCACAUUUCGUUUACAAAACCUUCCAUUUUCAUGACUACAAUCAUGCCUUAAAAUGAACGUUUUCAUGUAAUAUUAUCAUUGAUAGAUUUAUUUUCGUGUGAUUACUUAUUAUAAAUAAUAUGACUGAGGACACAAAUUUAUUGAGUAUAACUGUAAUUUAUUGUUA